CGCAGCGCAGUCAGAACAGCGGCGGGCUGACAGCGCAACGGGCUGAUCCCUCUCCGCCCUGACCCGAAACUGCUCUGCUCUGCCCGGCCCCGGCCCAGGCCCAGGAUGUGGCUCUGUGAGGCUGUUGAGUCGUGCGGCGGGCGGUGAAUGAAUGGCAGCGACGCCGGCAGUCACACACUUCUCCGCGGACUAAUUGGAAUUCUUCAGACAAGACGCAGGGGCGAUGGAGGCUGGACAGUGAAGCGCAGAGCCUGAGUGGUGAAGAUGCAGCACACCACCUGCACAGAGGACCGGAUCCAGCAUGCGCUGGACCGGUGUCUGGACGGGCUGAGACAGAGUCCCACCGCCGCGCACCACUGGAACGUGCUGAUGUGCUCUGCGGGUCAGUCGAUGAACCGCUGGAGCUUGGAGGAACUUGUAAAGAGAGAUCCUGAGAACUUCCUCAUCCUUUUGCAACAGAUCAUCAGGAAGACAAAAGAGGCUCAGGAGCAGUGCCAGUAUGAGCUGGUGGCCCCCCUCGCCAUUAUGUUCACUUCCACUCUGCUUCAGACCCCGUAUUGUCCCCCACACACUGAGCUCCUGGAGGAAGCCCUGGAGGUGUUUUACAGCUUCCUCACUUGGCCUGAGCCGUACUGCAGUGUGUGCAGAGAGCUCCUCUCCAUGCUGCAGCUGGAGAUCAAGGCCCCUGGAAUUUCCUUUCAGAGGCUGGUUAGAGAAGAGCAGGGUCUGAACACCUCUGACCAAACUUCAAGGACCAUGACUGUGCUGCUGAUGAACCCAGACGAGGUUCCCGCUGACUUUCUCGUUGUGGCCGAGCAGCUCAGUGGCAUUCAGCAUUCAGAGAAGGACACCUACAUCACCCUGAUUAAACACGCCUUCCAAUCCAUGCUGGGCACCAAGUAUCCUCUGCAAAGCAUCCACAAGGCUCUAGAGUCAAAAAUGGUAAAUGAGCUGAAGGAGAUGUUCUCCUCUGUGACCGACAUCUUCGAGACCGCCGCCGUCAUGAGCGAUCCAGGAAAAGCUCGAAGUCACGCCAUGCAGGAACUGGAGCAUUUGAGGAAGACACUGAAAAUCCCUUCAUCCAAUGGGAAGAGGUCUGAUGGAAUCCUUCAGACCUUACCUUUGCCCACUGCCAAAACGUACAUGUUUCACUGGGAGAAGGAUAACUUUGAUGUUCUUCACACCCUGUUGGAGCACGAUAUUGAUGAAUUUGGCACCAGUGGGCAGGCUGUGGAGGAGAAGGAGGUGGACUUUUAUUAUGAACAGGACUUGGCAGAAGAUGACGAGGAGGGUCAAGCAGUGGUUUCUGCUCUUAUCGCCGCCGAAAGCUGCAAUGGCAACCAUCGGGCCUCCACCUUUUCCACCAUCUCCUCCACCUCCACCACCUCCAAAGACUCCAUGUUCUCCACCAUGUCUCUGGCCUCCGAGUCGUAUCCCCCUUCCCUCUUCUCUGUGGCAUCUGGGGUCGACAGCGACUACUGUGACGACUCCGACGAGUACAUCAGCUCCUCUCCUGUGGCUGAGAAAUGUUCCCCGAGGUCAAGCAAAGUUUCGACUCGUCUCAGCCAGCACUUCCAGCGGCUAUUUAUCAAACCCAAGAACCCCAGGAUGCUCUCCAGGGCUAAGAGCUUGGGGAACUCUGAAGCUAAAGACAUUCUGGUGGUGCGGGAAACGCGCUCCAACUCUCUGCCGCAGCAGGUUAAGUUAUUCAGCUCCGACUCUCUGCCAAGGCCUCAAACCCAAGCUCUAAGACAUAUCUGCUUCCGAAGGAGGCCCAUUCUGAGCAGUGACGAGGACAAUAAGAACAAUACGUUAAGAGUGGUGGUGUUUGGCGCUGAUCAUGUAGCCGGGAAGGUAGCCCGAGCCUACAGUAGCUUGAGGAAGAACGAGAGCACGUGUCCUCGUCUCACAAGAGCCUUUAACCUGCAGUUCUACUUUGUGCCGGUCAAGAGGGACUCAGGAUCAGGACACCGGAGGGCUUCCACUCCUUUGGUCCAAACGGGGUCGCCGAAAGGAAUAGGGUUGCCCUUGGAUCAGAACCACACAGGCGACAGCACUAACGACAUCGCACAUCUCCUGGGCAUGUUGGACCCGUGGUACGAAAGAAACACCCUCAGCCUCCUCAAGUUGCCUACCAACGUUGUCUGCCAGCAAACCUCAAAAACCGAGUCGGCCUCCUACGAUAGUUCCUAUGAGCAGCGUCUGCCCAUCCUGGCCGACUUGGUGCUGUACUACUGCCGCUACGCAGCGCGCCCAGCUCUGAUCCAGCUUUAUCAGGCGGAGCUGACGCUGGCCUGUGGAGAACGACGGACCGAGGUGUUUGUUCACUCCCUCGAGCUGGGUCACACCGCAGGAACGCGCGCCAUCAAGGCCAUGGGCGCUGCCAGCAAACGGUUCGGCAUUGAUGGGGACAGAGAAGCAGUGCCUCUUACUCUGGAGGUGGUCUACAACAGGGUGGUUGUUAGUGGAAGAAGCCAGUGGAGAAGAGAAACCAAAGUCUGUACUUCAGUAAACUUGAUCAAAGCAUGCAAGAACCCUGAGGAACUAGAUUCAAAGAUGGAGUGCCUGCAGCUCACCAUGACUGAAGUCCUGAAGAGACAGAACGGCAAAAGCAAGAAGGGUUACAACCAGCAGCUCACCGUGACUGAGGUGAAGGUGGACAAGGUGCAGGUCAGUGGAGCUGGAAACACAACGUUUGCCGUUUGUCUGGACCAGGAUGAAAAAAAGAUCCUGCAAAGCGUCACCAGAUGUGAUAUAUCGGUGUGCUACAAACCUGACAGCUCUACUGACUGGAGGCUAAGGAAAUCCCAGGCUUCGGCUCAGAUCCAGCCUCUCAACCCCACCUUCUGCUCCCUGCUCUGCCUGCCCAUCGUAACCUUCAGCGGGGCGCUACCCUGAGAACGUUCCCCACCGCUUUCCGUGGAUUCCACCGGACAGCUCUUCAGCACUGUUUAUUCUUUGUACACUUUGCACACAGAAGGAAAAACAUGCAGAACUUUUACCCGUCUGUGCCGGUUUUCUUAAAGGUAGUUUGGUUCAGUCCAGCACGGCAGAUUUUGGACGCGGGUUUUGGGAAGUAAGCAUUUGCACGCUGACCUCCAGGCUUCACCGUCCUCUGAUCCGAUCAGUGCUCUUAACCCACACGAUACCAAGACUGUCUGGAGACAGGAUGGUUGUUGUUGUUUUUUUUUAUCAGUGCAAUGCAGUCCUUCGACGUGAUGAAGAGAACUUUUCAAGUUUCACUGCUCAGGUUUCACUUCCUUUUUUAUUUGUGUUUGUUGACAAAACUGACUUUAAACCACAGUUACAUUAGAAUGUAUCAUGGCUGAUCAGGGUGAAUCUUAAAAGUCUCAGGAAAAAAUUGGCAUUCACGCUGGCAUCCCCUUGAUAACAUGUUUUGGUAAAUCCGUCCUACAGGCAGAAAGGUGGGAUGAUAUUUAGGUUUUCUCGAUCUACCCACACGAUCAUCGCUUCAGAACUGUUAGCAGAUUAUUUGAUAAAAAGAAAACACACUAUAGAUAUCGGCUACAACAUGUACAUUUAAGGCUCUUAAGAUAUUUCAUGUACUAUAAGGUUUACUCAUCGCCAUCAUGUUUUUCUGUGUAUCAUGUGAUCUGAUAAGCGACUCCCUGGGAGAACUAUUCUGUCACAGUUUUAACUGCAGCUAUGAAUAUGGCCACCAGGGGUCUCUGUUGACUUUUCAUUAAACAUCCAUUUUACUGCACAUGCAAAAUUUGAACUAGAGACCAAACUCUCCGUAAGUACUGUAAUAUAUCAUGAAAAUAAUCAUAAUUCAACCUGAUAAAAUGAGAAAAUAAUCAAUAGAGGGGGAUAUUAUGGUGCUGUAACAUGCACUCACAUGGACAUUUCCUAUGUAACUAAUUACCUGCACUUUCUGAAAAUGUAAUACAGUGUGUGACAAUAAAAAUAUAUUUUGUA